AGCGCGUUGUGGAAAAUAAUUGUUCUGUCUUUAUUUCAUUCUGUUGUAUUUGCUAAAAUAUUGAAAACCUUAAAUCAAAGAUUAUUUCAGCGUAAACCUGGAGUAAGGAGGUGAAAAUGAAUGAAUAUUAUGGCGCUAACAUCCCUGGAAAUGUUCCCUAUUUUAACCCUGUUCCUAUAAACUCCAGUAUGAAUCCGACGCCUCAUCCUCAGGACAACGAAGUAUACAACUUUGAUAUCGGAAAUCUGUUUACCAGCCUGCUAACACAACAUGGAAGUAUUGAUUCCCUCGACAAACCGUAUGCCUGUGAUGUUUGCAAGAAGUCAUUUUCACAGGCAAGUGCUUUAGAUCGACACAAAAAAGUUCAUUCUAAUGAACAAUAUAUUUGCGACAUCUGUGGACAACGCUGCUCUCAGUCAGGUGAUCUGAUACGUCAUCGAAGGAUACAUACUGGAGAAAAACCUUAUACCUGUGGUGUCUGUAAAAAAUCAUUUUCACAGUCCAAGUCCCUUGCUCGUCAUAAGCGUACACAUUCAGGCAUCAAGCCCUACACCUGUGAUGUUUGCCAAAGGUCUUUUGCUGAUGCAGGAUAUUUAGUUAUUCAUAAGAGGAAACAUACUGGAGAACGUCCCUACAAAUGUGGUACUUGUGAGAAAGCAUACUCCAACCUUGUCUCUUUACAGAAUCAUAUACGAACACACACAGGAGUUACCCCUUAUAAGUGCGACAAAUGUGAUAAGAAAUUUUUUACUUUGCCUGGUUUACGUUAUCAUGAAACUACACAUACAGGUCUCAGACCUCAUAAGUGUGACCAGUGUAGCAAAGCAUUUGCUACAUCAUCAAAACUAAUCUGUCAUAAACGAACACAUACUGGUGCUAAGCCAUAUAAAUGCAAUUUGUGUGACAAGGCAUAUGCCCAGUCUUUUGAUCUGAAACGUCACAAAAAAACACACAGUGGUGUCCGUUCUUUCCAGUGUGACUUGUGUUCCAAAGCAUUUUUCUGGUCUGGCAGUUUACGUGAACACAAGAAGCAGCAUCUUGAGGACAAACCAUUCAAAUGUGAUAUUUGUCAGAAAUCUUUCACUUGGUCAAGUGCACUUGGAGAUCACAAGAAAAGUCAUGCUGAAGCUAAUGCUGAUAAACCUCAUCAAUGUGAUGUUUGUGGAAAGACAUUCAACGCUUUGGGGUACCUAAACAGACAUAAAAAUAAGCACACAGAAGAUGAAGUCAACGGAGUAAUACCACCCAGUACCAAUCCAUCAUGCAAUGGACGACUACACACCUGUGAUGUUUGCCAAAAAACAUUUACAACAUCCUCAAGACUAAAGUGUCAUAUGAGGACACAUACAGGAGAAAAACCAUACCAAUGUGACCAGUGUCCUAAAGCUUACUCUCAGUCAUUUGAUUUAAAACGACACAAGCAGACCCAUAGUGGCGUCAAAAGUUACAAGUGUGACUUGUGUGAAAAAGCAUUCUUUUGGUCAGGCAGUUUGCGACAACACAAACGACAGCAUGUUGAAGACAAACCAUUUAAGUGUGACAUUUGUGACAAAAGUUUUGCAUGGUCAAGUGCAUUAGGAGAACACAAGACUACUCAUGGAAUUGAGAAGCCUUUUAAAUGUGAUUGUGGAAAGACAUUUGCUGCAUUAGGGUACCUGAAUACUCAUAAAAGCACUUGCAAUGGACAAAAUGCUGGUCCUAAUUGUGAUAAUGAUGUUCAAGAUAAAGCUGUUAGCCCUACGAAAAAUCAAUGUGAUGUUUGCAAGAAAAGCUUUGUAACCAUGUAUAAAUUGAAAUGCCAUUUAAGAACACACACUGGUGAAAAGCCAUACCAAUGUGAUCAAUGUCCGAAAGCCUAUGCCCAGUCAUUUGAUUUAAAGAGACAUCAGGAAAGUCAUGGUGGAGAAAAAAAUUUCAGUUGUGAUCAAUGUAACAAAACAUUUCUAUACGCAUUCAGUUUACGCAAACACAAGAAACAACAUUUGGCAGGACAAUCACAUGAAUGUGAUGCUUGUGACAUGAAAUUUUCCACUGCUUCUAAGCUCAAGACCCACAAGAGAACACAUACAGGAGAGAAACCAUACCAAUGUGACCAGUGUCCUAAGAGCUAUGCUCAAUCAUUUGAUUUGAAACGGCACAAGCAGACCCACAGUGGGGUAAAGAGCUACCAGUGUGAUAUGUGUGACAAAGCAUUUUUCUGGUCAGGCAGUUUGCGUCAACAUAAAAAACAACAUGCUGCUGAACUUCUACUUGAGUGUGGACAAACGUUAGCUGCACUAGCUAACCAAAAUGAAAACAAAAGUAAUGAUGAUGAUGAAACAACAGAACAGCCUAUUUCAGAAAAUGGUGAUAAUCCUACAACUGAAAAAGCCGAAGUUAGCAAGGGUGGCGAAAAUUUACAUAACUGUGAAAUUUGUAAGAAUGCAUUUGCCUCACCAUCCAAGCUUCUGGCCCACAUGAGAACACAUACCAAACAAAAACCUUAUCAAUGUGACCAGUGUGAAAAAGCUUAUUCUCAGUCAUACGAUUUGAAACGACACAAGGAGACCCACAAUGGUAUCAAAAGUCACAAAUGUGAUGUUUGUAACAAGGAAUUUGCUUGGCGAAAAAGUUUACGUAAACAUGUGAAACAGCACCAUCCCGAACAAGUAUUUUUGAAGUCCGGUUUUUCAGUUCUUUACAAAAAAAUUGAGCGAAAUAUGAGUGGUGGUGAAACAAGAAAUCCUGCAGGCGGCGAAGAUACUGGCUUCACAGAAACUCAGAAUGUGGCUGAAGAACAGGCAAGUACAGAUGAAAACAUGGUAUUAGACAAUGUCGAGGUAACUGCACAAACUAUGUAUAUAACUGAAGGAGACAGCUCUCACGAAGGAUUAAAUAAGUUACAGGAGAUUCGUUUUCAACAGAUGGCAAAUGAAACUUUGCCUAAUAAAGAGAUAGCCGUAGAAAGUUGUAUAAUGCCCGAGGAAAUUAGUCAGCCGCUUGAGGCUGAUACUAACGCUCAUUUGAUAGAGCAAGAUAAUUCAAGCGGCGAACUUAAUAAUGCUGGGUCAACCAUAGUACAUAUAGGGUUGACAGACAUUGUUAAUGCAGUACAAGAGGCUUUAGCAGGGGAUCACAGGUUACAAGGGGAGAGUGUUCAGGCAGUUGGCCAAGCCAUGAGUGUUGAUGAGUCAACUGGGGAGAGUUUUACAGUGAUAGCUCAGGAAGGAAUAGUUGCAUUGAAUCAAGGGAUAAACGAUGAAAAUAAUACAUCAAUAGAACUACAUCCUAGUUUGGUUGUUAGUCAGCAAGGAGUGGAGGAAGCAAGUCUUUUGACAGGAUUAGCCAACAAUGAAAUACCUGAGCAAACCACCCAGUAUGUGGACAUUAGUACUGAAAAUCCUCCCCAAAACAUGGAAAUUAGUUCGGAUUUUGGUAAUGUGAUGGUGAAUACUCUAAACCUAUUGCCUUCCUCAAAUAGAAAAGAUUCAAAAGUAUAUUCUUGCAACUUCUGUGUCAAAAGCUUUUCACAGCCGCACCAGCUUGUCCGCCAUGAACGCAUGCAUACAGGAGAAAAGCCAUAUAUUUGUGACAUUUGUGGCAAAGGUUGUUCUCAGAAAGGUGACUUAGUCCGUCACAAACGUAAACAUACUGGUGAACGCCCAUAUAAAUGUGACCUCUGUGACAAAGCAUAUUUCAAAUCAGCGGACUUGAAAUAUCACAAAAGAAAACAUACAGGAGAAAAGCCUUAUAAAUGUCCAGUUUGUGACAAAUCAUUCACAGGGUUAACUACAUUGAGAUACCACUCACGUACCCAUACUGGAGAAAAACCUUACGAGUGUGACAUUUGUCAAAAGAAAUUUAGCCAGUCAAGUUCAUUAAAGCUGCACAAAGCAACACAUUCAAGAGAAAAACCUUUUGGAUGUGACAUGUGUGAUAAGAAGUAUGGUUCAGCACCUGGUUUGAAAUGCCAUAAGUCAACACAUACUUGUGAUAAAGCAUACAAGGCUGUUCAAUGUGAGGUUUGUAAUAAAACACUUUCCCAUCUCUCAAGUCUGAUCUGCCAUAGAAGAACACACACAGGUGAAAAGCCAUACCAAUGUGAUCAGUGUCCUAAAGCAUAUUCCCAAUCAUAUGACUUAAAGCGACACAUAAAUACCCACACUGGAUAUAAACAUUAUAAGUGUGACAUUUGUGACAAGGCAUUUUAUUGGUCUGUGAACCUGCGUGAGCAUCGAAAGCAACAUGUUGAAGACAAACCUUUUAAAUGUGAAUUCUGCCCGAAAACCUUUGCAUGGUCCAGUGCCCUGGGACAUCACAAGCGACAACGACACAUGGGAGAUAAACCAUAUCCUUGUGAGACUUGUGGUAGAACAUUUGCUCAAACAGGUUACCUUAAUCGUCAUAUCAUGAGCAAACAUGCUGGUGAAAAGAAUGUUGAAAAUGAUGAUUCAACUGAUGAUUCAACCAAAACUACCAAAAAGAAGAAACCUGCACGAAAACGAAAGUUACCUGACUCAACUAAUGAACUAGAAGAAAAUGAUUCAAGUAAACCAGCUAAUGCCUCUGAUCAAUCUUCUCCGACCAACCAAGCUAACGAGCCAGAUCCGGUUGAUCUCAGCAAGCCAACUGAUGAAUCAGAUCAAGCUGUUUCAAGCAAGUCAACUAACAAGCCAGAUCAAGCAGAUCCCAGCAAGCCAACCAAUGAAUUGGAUCAAGUUGCUUCAAGCAAGCCAGCUAAUGAGGCAGAUCAAUCUGAUCUCCCCAAGCCAACUAAUGGAUCAAAUCAAGGGGAUCUCAGCAAGUCAACUAAUGCAUUAGAUCAAGCUGCUUCAAGCAAGCCAGAUCAAGCAGAUAUCAGCAAGCCAACUAAUGAAUUAAAUGAAGCUGCUUCAAGCAAGUCAACUAACAAGCCUUAUCAAGCCAAUCUCAGCAAGCCAACUGAUGAAUCAGAUCAAGCUUCUUCAAGCCAGCCAACUAAUGAAUCUGAUCAAAAGGAUGUCACCAAGGCAGCUAAUGCUUCAAAUCAAAGCAGUUCUGUUGAGCCAACCAAAGAACCAAAUCAAGCGGAUAUCAUCCAGGCAACUAAUGAGCCCAGUCAAGCUGAUCCAAACAAGCCAAUCAAUGUGCCAGAUCAAGCUGCCCUAAGUGAACCAUUUAAUACAUCAGAUGUUGGUGGUUCCACCAAGGGACAAAAUAUGCAAAAUGAAGAUGCAACUCAUUCAAGCAAGGUGAUUGUUACACCGAAUCAGAAUGAUUCAAAUAUGACAAACUAAGAUGUGGAUCUUUGCAAUAGUGAUACAAGAAAAGUGAUUUAUAUGCAAACAAGAUUCAAACAUAGGAUGAAUGUGUUAGAAUUUUUAUAAAAACUUUUGGAUUUUGAUGAUACAAUUUCCUCUACUUUUUCAGUGACAUUUCUUUGCCAUCAUGAUUUAGUAUGGGCAUGUUUUUAACCCAUUAUGUUGUAAGUGUGAUAAGCAUUCAGUUAGUGGUUAUUUAUUAUUUACGUAUUCAAAGUAUAACCAAAUUCAGAUGAUAUAACAUGAAACAGAAAGUUUUUUGACAUUCGUCUUGAAAUGGUGGGGAAAAGGAUGGCACAGUUUAGGAUAUAGUCGGUUGUAGCAUGGAUAGUAUAAUAAAUCUAUUUCAUUAUCCAUGGUUUAAAAAUCCAUCAAUCUUCCGUAAAAAGAAAAGUAGGAUACACUUGGCACAUCCAGAAAACAACAAAUUACAGUAGGCCAAAGUAGGUGGGAAGGUUCAUGUAUUUAGACUGUGAAUUUAUUUUGAAAACUUGCAAUACCAAAACGUAAGUGUAACUGCAUGAAUGUCUGUAGAGAUUGUGUUUUGACUUAAGGUAGCUCGUUGGCAUCAAAUUGUAGUUUUAUUUUUUAUUCACAAAAUAAGUGUUAAUAUCAUUCUGCACAAAACACAAAAGCUUUGUGUUUGUUUUUUAAAACACAAUUGUUUAAUUGGAUUGUGAGUAGUAGGAGAACUUUAUUUGAAAAGAAGAAAGUUGUAAACAAGCGACCCACAAGGACUUGUUCCGUCGUUCGUGAUUCAUCGUAUGUAUCGAGCUGCCUUAAUAUCAUUUUGAUCAUAUUACAUUAUAUUAUAUUUUGUGUGU